UCACUACACAAGCACCAUCCUGACAGACAUUUCCAGAUGGCUUCCUGCACCAGCCUGUCGCAUCAUUACUGCUCUGCCAUCUAUUUUCUACCUACACAAUAGUGGAUAAUCCUUCUGUUCACUAUAUGUCAUUCUCUACAUUUCAAUUGGAUACUGGUCUUUGAAUGUGAUAACAAAGGCCAUGAACAUGCAUGUGAGUGACAUUCCCUGCAAGGCUGGCUCUAAGGUUUACUUUAAGGAAAUGUAAGCACGAUAAUCUGAACAAAGUUGUGUACCAACAGCAGAAAAAUGGAGGAGCUAUAUAAAGACACUCCAGAACUACAAAUAGACUUGAACAAUCCUCCCUCUACUAUCCAGAACAAUAAGCUUGAAAAUGGGGUUGCACAGCUGAUUACAGCCGAAGCGUGGAAUAUUAAUCCUUCAGGCCUUAUGAAAAAAGCCUUAUCACCUCUGAUACCUGGUCCAGCACCAUCUGUUCUUAGCCCACCUUCGGAUUCACAAAGCGGAGUAGCAUUGAAGGUGGCUGCAACCGUGCUUCAGCCAAUUUGUCUGGGAGAAAAUCCAGUGGUUUUGCCAAUCCAUUGGCAGGUAGCUAGUGGCACAUCACCACAAAUGAACACAAACAGUAGCACGCCCUACGUCAUAACCACACAAGGUCCCGUCCCACUGCCUUUACUUUUGGAGCAACAUGUAUUUCAGCACUUGAAUUCUCCACUUGUUUUGUCCCAAGCCCCACCAUGUUCUACUACCCCCAUCCAGAAUCCACUUUUUUCAGGACCAGCUGCAUCUGUGGCUCAGCCACAAAUUUUAGAUGAGAAGACUUCUAGCCCAGUACAGGAGGCUGUGUUGCCACCAGUGUUUCAAACACCAGGCUUCACAGCUGUGUUACAGGAUUUGUUUCCUUCACCAAACAGUUUGGGAGCACCAUCUCCCUGUCAUGUUUCUCCAGAUUAUGCAUCUCCUAAUCUUCACUCUGUUCCACCUCAAGCCUUUAACUCACCUUUGUCACCACUUGUUCCUCCAGCUACCCUGCUGGUACCAUACCCUGUAAUAGUGCCACUGCCUGUUCCAGUGCCUAUACCAAUACCAAUUCCAAUCCCAAUGCCCCCCACAGAGUGUAAAGGGACAGCAGACUUUCCAAAAUCUACAGAAAUUCCAAAGAGCUGCAAAGCUACCCAGACCCCUUUGGAGAAAGAGGAAGUCAAGCCUUUUGAACUUACAACCAAACAAGAGUUUUUACAAUUUAAUCGCCACACAGUGAUUAAAAUGAGUAAUGAAAAUGAGGCACUGGACCUCUCAUUGAAAAAUGAGCCGCAAGUUAAUAGUGAAGCAAGUACUCAAGUUUUUCAGGAAGAUGGUGUUCUAGAUUUGUCUGUACCAUUAUCUAAGAGAUGUGGAAAUUUGAGUACUCAAAUCAGCACAACAUUUUCUUGUGGGUCUUUGACUGAGCCCAUAGGGAAUUCCAAUGGCAAGAAUGCUUCUGUUGUGACCCCCUUAAAUCCUCAUCUACAUCACGAGAUGACGCAAAAGCAAGACAGUAGAAUUAUAUGCAACAACUCCACAGAACUUCUGGUCCAACAAAAGUGGGGUGCUGAACAAAACAGAGCCUCCCAUGAUCCAAAAACUGACAACAAUAUUGAAAUAGUGAAUAGCUCCCAGACAGCAAAAGUCAUUGUAUCAGUCAAGGAUGCAGUGCCUGCUAUCUUCUGUGGUAAAAUAAAAGGAGUUUCCACAAAAAACUUUUCUUUUAAAAGGGACAUGCCACAGGACUCUUCUGUACAGUGCUAUGAUGUGAAGAGUCAGGGUGAGAAUAGGGAAAAUGCUGAAGCACUACGAAAGCCCAUUAAAAACAGAAGUGUAAAGUUAAAGAAAGUCAGUUCACAAGAAAUACAUAUUCUUCCAAUUAAAAAGCAGCGACUGGCUGCAUUUUUCCCAAGAAAAUAGCUGUUUAUCACUACAUAGUGAAAAAAGCAGUAUGAAAUUAAUUUACAACACAUCAUUAGCCUAAUAAAAAAAAAGUAAAAUAUUUAAAUGUUUUUUUGGGCCAGUUUAUAUAGUGAAAGACAGUGUUGCUCUAUUUGACAAGAAAAUUUGUUGUUAAGAAUUAUUGUUGACUUUGAACUUUUAAGUGCUACAAAUGCUAUUGGGGCCUCAUUGUAGCAGUAAGGGAAUAGCUCUACCAGUCGAUAUUUCUUUGUAAUUUAUUAUAUUUAAGAUGGAAGACAAGAGUUUAAUAGAGCUAAAUAAACGUCAUCAUUUGUAACAUGUAUCUUAGCAGGUAUAACCUUUUAGAGAACAGACAAAAAAAUGAAAACAUGAAGAUUUUCUUGAUAGUCCUCUAUGGUGAUUUGCCUUCUACAUUGAACUUGCCUUUAAACAUGUAUGGCAAUCAGUACUUUUCUACUAUUUUAACUUGUACUGUAUUUACAAAGUAAAAGAAUAACAUAUUUUUAAGUGGAUUGCACAUUUUAGGCUUUUCUUAUAGCAAUGAUUUGGCCAGAAUGGUUUUUCUGCCAAAAAUUGCUUUAAAGUUGUAUUUAAUAUGAACUGCUACAAUGCAUAUUUAAAAUAAAUGUUUGUAAGUGCUAUAA